UCUACCUGGACACCGGAGAGUGAUUUAAAAAGAAAAAUGGCGUUAUAGUUGGACUUUAGAGUGCUCUCAUCGACACGUAUUAACAGUCAUUUCUGUGUCGAAACGUAUCGGUUUCGAUCAGCAGGUCGCGUUAUGAGCCAGCCGCCCCGUUCAAACCGGGGACAGCGGGAGAGAAAGGGGGAGAGAAACGGGGACCGCCGACAGGACCGAGACUCACGCGAUGACAGACGUUCAUCACCCAACAGGUCUUCGUCUCGACCCCCAUACUACCCCAGUGAGGCCGACUCCCCUCCCAGUUAUGCGCGGGAAGCCCCUCGAGUGGAGCACCACGAGUCCAAAUGCACACACAUUUGCUCCAGGAGAGGCAUCGUGCUGAUGUGCUCUGUGCUGACCAACGCCCUGGUCCUGAUCUGCCUGGUCGCAGCUCAGAUGGUGACUUCGGGAAUGUCUUCCAUGGGCUUGGGCGGCUUCAACAUCAACUCCAACUUCAACCUGCAGGGCACCGAGCUGCAGAAGGUGCGUCAGCUGGACAGUGAGUACAGCCAGAUGAGGGCGCCGGGCAUCUACGGCGGCAUCCCCUUCAGCCUCACCAUGGGGGUCCUCUCGCUGCUGUUCGUGGUCGCCGGGAACAAGCCGCCCCACCGCAUGUCCCGGAGGCUUCUGUACGGAGCGCUGGUGUUUCAGGCGGUGGCCGCUGUGGUGUACGUGGUGGCCGUGGGGCUCUACCUCCACUUCGUCAUCGGGGUCAACGCCACAGAUGUGUGUCAACAGCGCGAGAGGCUGUACGCCCAGAACGGCUACACCUGGAUGAGCUGCGACGUGGGCGGGGCGGACGCCGCCGUGGCUCUGUUCGGGCUCAUCACCGCCAUCCUGUACACCGCCGGCACGGUGCUCACCUUGCAGACCAUCCGGAGGGUGAGGAGCUACCUGCAGGAGCGGAAACGCAGAGAGGCAGAGAAGCAGCAGGCCCGGGCCAGCCCGCAGAGAGCCCCGCUGAGGGCUGACACCACCGCUGUGUGAGAGGUCACGGAACGGACACCAGAUAAAAUCCGUGUGCCGCAGCACAGCUACAGCGGUAGCCAUAUCCCAUAAUAAGAGCAAUGCAAACGGCCACAGACUAAACCUGAUCCACUGCCACGGCUUAAAGCGACAGCUCAACCCACAGCCGGGUGUAGCUCACUGUGGCUGCAGACCCUCAGAGCUUUCAGGGCUCCGUAGUAUUCCAUGACGAUUAUGUCAAAGAUAGAAGAAACAUUUGCUGCCCGACCAUGUGUCCAGGUGAACUGAACAAUAGUUUACUGCACUCACACUCUAGUGAAUGAUGCUUAUAGCUGCCUAAUAUUUUUUUUAUAUUUCUUUCACGCUUUUACACUCCACUGUGUCAAAAAUCAAAUACUCCACUCGUGGUUCUGAUGAAGUUGCAUGUCGCUGGCUCUUUUAAGUGUCCGUGAAUGUUUUUGUGGCUGGACCAGCUAACAACGAGCUUCUUCCUCUUUAGUUAUGUGGGAUCGUCAACGUUGGUCUCGGUGGAGCCAGGUAGCCCAAAGAGAGCCAGGUUAACGUUUAGCUUACUCGUGAUUCAGGUUCAGUCUGGGAGGAAAUUCAUUUUCAUGUUGGAUUGGAUCGAGUGUACUCAUGCAGGGAUUUAUAUAAAUGUUUUUUAACAUGUACAAUUAAUGUGUUUUAAUGUCAAAGUUUGACUUUAUAAUGCAACUUUUUUUUUUUUUUGUACAAGAAUGUAUCUACUCAAAUUAAACCUCCAUCAAUGUGAUUAUAUUCAACUGUUCCGUUUAUGAUUAACAGUGUGAUGAACAUAACGACCUAUAGGGAGCACCAGAACUCUGCAAGUCCUGCUGUCAUGGUCGCUCUCUGGCUGUGUCCCAAUCCAGCGGCUGCAUCCUUCAGAGGAC